AUGCCGCCUGAAAAGCAACAGCUUAUUCCGAAAACUUCUUUUACUAUUGCAGACAUUUUAGAUCCUACCAAAUUUAACGGAAGACUAGAUUGUUCAGCCCCAGGAGAAGCUGAUGCAGGGACCAUUGACGAUGUUACAGCGCAUCGCAAUGGAAGGUCAGAAAUGAUGUACAGCACGCUUGAUGCCAGGGCAGUGGAGAAUUUAAACUCAAGUGAAACUGAACCUCCCAGCCAAAGCGCCGUCAAGUCAAACUGCAAAUCCAGGCGAAUCCGGACAGCCUUCACACUCGAGCAGCUGCGCGUGCUGGAACACAGCUUCCGCUCCAGUCACUACUUGUCGGUGUUGGAGCGCUACGGCAUCGCUGCAGCCCUCCGUCUAUCCGAAACGCAGGUCAAGAUCUGGUUUCAGAACCGCCGCACCAAAUGGAAGAAAGAGCGCGAGGGGAACGCGGGCGCUGAACAGUUCCAAAGCAGACACUCGCACCUCUCGCCUUCCGACUACCCGAAGACUUUUUCAUGCGCUCCUGCACUGCACUACUACAAGACAAUGCCCCUUUAUCCGCAACCAGCUUUCCUGCCUUCCCCAUUUCAUUACCAGACGUACUGAAAAAAAGGACAUAUUUUCCGUUCAACUUCAAAUCUGUUCCACACGGUAGCCUAUUGUGCCUUGGCUUUUUAUUUCGAAAUUAACUCUUAAUGUACGAAGUACAGAUUAGAGUUUGGGCCCUGAGAAUGAACCACUUGGUGAUGAUCAGGAAUAUAGGCAUUAACUUUCUAUUUUUCUUAAAACGCACCCAAG